AUGGUUUUAAUCCAACCCUCAAUUGAAAGUUUGACAAAGUUAGUUAGUCAAAACACGGAAUCAGCCAAUAUUUUUCCAAUCUUCAAGUAUGUGAGUCAGAAUGAAAUCACUCUACACCAAGCUUAUUUGAAAUUAGCUGAUGUGAAUAACAAAGAAAGAAGUCCAUCUUUCCUAUUUGAAUCUUCUGUGAAAGGUGAUACAGUUGAUAGAUACUCAUUCAUAGGAGUAAAUCCUUCGAGAAUUAUAAAAACUGGGGACGAUCCAAAUAAAUUUCCGGAACAAUAUUGUGAUGUUGACCCAAUCACUAUUUUAGAGAAAGAGUUAAGUCUGUAUAAGCAGGCGUCAUUACCUGGUUUACCAAAAUAUAGUGGAGGAGCUACGGGAUAUAUCUCGUACGAUUGUAUCAAAUAUUUCGAACCUAAAACGAAAAGACCUUUGAAAGAUGUUUUGGGUUUACCAGAGGCAGUAUUCAUGUUUUGUGAUUUGGUCAUUGCAUUUGAUCAUGUGUAUCAAAGAUUUCAGAUAAUAUAUAAUAUCAAAAUAGACAACACUCAUAAUCUAACUGAGGAAUAUGAGAAGGGAACUAUUGAGAUAGAGAAAAUCGAGAAAAUCUUAUUAUCAAAUGACUCGGUAAAACCAAAUCAGGGUCCAAUAAAGCUAGGACAAACUUUCACAUCCAACAUUGGUCAACAAGGUUAUGAAAAUCAUGUAACGACUUUAAAAGAGCAUAUUUUAAAAGGUGAUAUAAUCCAAGCAGUACCUUCUCAACGAAUUGCCAGACCUACAAAUUUACACCCUUUUAACAUAUACAGACAUCUAAGAACGGUUAAUCCUUCACCAUAUUUAUUUUAUAUUGACUUAAUCGAAUUCCAAAUAAUUGGGGCGUCACCAGAGCUUUUGGUUCAAACAGACAUCAAUAAUAGAGUUGUCACUCAUCCAAUUGCCGGUACUAUACCUCGUGGUAAAACAAAUGAAGAGGAUGAGAAAAAUGCUGAAAUAUUGCGUGAAAGUUUGAAAGAUAGGGCUGAACAUAUUAUGCUCGUUGAUUUAGCUCGUAAUGACAUAAAUAGAGUUUGUCAACCUAGAUCCAAUAAAGUCGAUAAAUUGUUAACUAUUCAAAGAUUUUCUCAUGUGAUGCACCUUGUUUCUGAGGUGAGCGGUAUAUUGAGAGAUGACCAAACUAGAUUUGAUGCUUUUAGGUCAAUUUUUCCGGCUGGUACAACUAGUGGGGCUCCUAAAGUUAAAGCAAUGGAAUUGAUUGCAGAAUUGGAAAAAGAAAAAAGAGGAGUUUACGCUGGAGCUGUUGGUCAUUGGGGUUAUGAUGGUAAAACUAUGGACACAUGCAUUGCCUUAAGAACAAUGGUUUUUAAAGAUGGAGUUGCAUAUUUACAAGCAGGAGGAGGUAUUGUAUUUGAUAGUGACGAAUAUGAAGAAUACAUGGAAACAAUGAAUAAGAUGAGAGCUAAUAAUAAUACCAUUGUUGAGGCUGAGAAAAUUUGGGCUGAAAAAGUUGGAACUAUAUAA